ACUUUUCUGACCAUGCUGACUGCCAGAUCUAUCAGCGCAGCAGGCUUUUGCCUCGCCCCGGCCCACCAGCGCACUGCCACGAAAUUCAGGAUCUCCACAGGAGGCAGCAAGAGGGCAAGGCACACCACGCUUGCUGUGACAAGCAAGCUUGUUUUGGUUCCAACAGGUGAUGGCAGCACAAAACACCUGGAGGAGCCUGUAAGUCUGCCUGAGGAGAUCGAACUGAAGGAUGGAGUCUUUGAAGUUGGGAGGGAGGAGCCUGCCGACGUCGUGAUCCCUAUUCCCACAGUGUCUGGCCGCCACGCCCUUCUCAGGAUCACUGGCACAAAGGUGCAGGUGACAGAUCUGGGGUCCACUAACGGCACCUACCUGGAUGAAGAGGAGCUGCCCACAAACCGUGCAGCAGAAGUGUACGUCGGCUCCAGAAUCACCUUUGGUGACGCAUCACUGGCCAUGUUUGAGCUCGUGGAGAGGCCGGAAGAUGUCACUGAUGUUGCUGCGGAUACAGAGCAAGAGAAUGUUGUGAGCGUUUGAUGCUCCCAGCAAACUGAUGCAUGAGAAGCUGAAGAUUGUGAGGGUGAGGGGAGUGGGGAGUGGGAGCAGAACGAUAGAGGAGCGGUUGAUCAGAUUUGUAUUUACUUUUCAUAGGAUGCGCUUGGUGUAGCAGAUGUGAUCCCCUAGGCGAGGGAGUUGUUUAUUGGGGGCGCUGUGACUUCCUCAUUGGCUGCUUCCUUUGCAGGAAGGUUGUCUGUGUGCAGCAAGGUCUAGAAGGAACAGUUUGAUCUCCUUUGUUACUGCCGCACAUGGGUCCACAAAGGAUUCCCUUGUCUCUUGGUUGGGGUCUUGGAGCCUGUAACAUCUGCUGGCAUAUGCAAAGCUCAAUUCUUGGCAGCUAAACUUGCUGCUGGGCUGAGGCGAGAUGGCUCUGGGCUAAAAAAAUGGAAUGGUUUAUGGCAUG